AUGCAGAGCGGGUCCGGUAAAGAGGAGAACGCCCUUAGCCGUAGUCGGCACUUCGACAUGUGGCGCGACUACAUGCAGCUGGCGCCUCUGAUGGAGCAACUGUGCAGCCUGAGCAGUUGGGCAGACCCCGGCGGUCCUGAGCGUCACCAGCCAGGCCAGCAGAGGCAGCAGCAGCCGUAUCAGAGGCAGCAGCAGCGCGCCUCCGGGUCUCUCAGCCCGAGCUCCUCCAGCAGCAGCACCUCGGACACGGGCGGCCGGGCGGCGGAGGACAGCGGCUGCGCCUUCUGCGCGCAAAACGGCGAGACACCGGAGGUGUGCCGCUCCCACCGGCUAAAGACCAAGUUCGGCAAGGUCGUCUGCCCCAUCCUGAGGAAGUACGUGUGCCCGAUCUGCGGGGCCACCGGCGACCAGGCUCACACGCGUCACUACUGCCCAGCGCGCAGCGCGUCAGAACGCAAGCUGCUCUGA